GCAGUGUCAGGUUGAAGCAAAAGUUCCAGAGGGUCGAUCCUGUCCCCCUCUCCCUCUCUCCGUCUCUAUCUGCCUCCCUGAGGAGUCGGCUCCUCUGGUCUCUCCUGUGGAUCUCCUCCCAGCUCCUCUUCUCUGGGCCUCCCCGAUGUCUUAGCCUUCCACCUGCUCCCCCUUCAUCACCAGACCUCCUCCGAUCCCACCCUUUGGCGUGGGAUUCUCCUCCGAGACCAGCACCUUCUCCAGACCCUCUCCUGCUCUUCUCUCCGUCCAGAACCUUGGCUAGGCUUGUCCCUUUCCUUACCCGUCCCCCCCCGCCCUGAGAACAGGCCUCCCCAGCCUCUAGCGAGACUCCCCCCGACCCGGGCCCAACCGACCCGACCAGACCCGACCAGGACGAUGACGGAGAAGCUGGGCAGCGUGGAGGACGCCGGCGGCAUCAUGGCGCUGCUGGAGCGCGUGGCGGGCAUCAUGGACAACGUCAACGCCACGCAGCAGCGCAUGGAGGAGCGGCAGCUGGAGCUGGAGACCACGGUGAAGAGCAUCCAGGCCGACGUGGUCAAGCUGACGGGCGAGCACGCCGCCACCAGCGGCACCGUGGACCGGCUGCUGGACAAGACCCGCAAGGUCAGCUGCCACAUCAAGGAUGUACGCGUCCGCGUGGAGAACCAGAACCUGCGCGUCAAGAAGGUGGAGGCCACCCAGGCAGACCUCCUGGCCAAGAACAAGUUCAGAGUGGUCAUCUACCAGGGUGACCACGAAGUGAAGUCCGUCGCCCCCGGCAACGAGCCCUCCGAAGCCAGCGGCGGCAGAGCUAGCUCAAGGGCCGAGGUGGAACCUGACAAGUUUGAGCUGCCUCCGGAGUCAGACGAGGAGUACAUGGUGGUAGAGGAGGCAGACUCCGCCUCCGUCACCCGCGCCAAGAAGACCGGCCUGACCCGCAUCGAGAGCUUCAAGGCCACCUUCUCAAAGGAGAACAUGAGCAAGACCCGUGAGAACCUGGGCACCAAGGUCAACAAGCUGGGCGAGCGCAUCGUGACGGUGGAGCGGCGCGAGAAGAUCCGCCAGUCUGGGGAGCGGCUGAAGCAGUCUGGAGAGAGGUUCAAGGAGUCCAUGGCCAAUGUCCCUGCCAAGCUCAACCUUAAGAAGGAGCGGACAGUAGCUGAGGGCCAGGAGGGAGCGGAGGGAGGCGCCGACGGAGCCACACCCGUGCCUCCGCCCAAGGGCCGCAAGGGCAGCCCAGACAAGGAGGCCGCGGACGGGGCCAAGGCAGAGGCGUCCGAGGUCCCCAUGUACGACAUGAAGCAGCUGGCGUAAAGCGCAACGGCCGAUGCAACAACUGGGUGUUGUGUUUCCCUUGGACUAUUGUGACAACAAAAGAGAGGAUGAAAGUAUGUGUUUUAUGGUCGAUUCUCCCUGGCCAAGCUUCGGAAAUGAAAAUAUUAAAUGAUCUAUUUUUCCGUUCAGUUGAAAGAAGCCUCCAGUUAGAAAGGAAGUGACAUUGGGCCGGUUCAAACAUCCGACUGGCGGCAACGGCAAGAACGGACACCCACUGAAGUAUAGGUCUACCAUAAGGCGUUGUUAUUCUUUCAGACAUAGUUCUAGUCUCUGUUCUGAUAUGUGUCUACAGUUGACAUUAUGGUUAAUUUAUUAUUAUUAAAUAUUUGUUACAUUUUUCGUCUACAAACUGCUAAUUAAACAAAUACAAUAACAACAGAGAGAGCGAGAGAAAGAAGCAUCUGGAGUUUGUCAAAGGUUUCAGUUGUUAUUUUUUAUGUAUGUUUGAACAAUGACAAGAUGUUAGAGCUUUAAACAGUUCUAAUGAAGAGUGGGUAAGUUAUGAUGGUAUAUGAUGGGAAUGUUGAUUUUGUCAGGGGGCUGUAAAAGUAAAGUUUUGCACUCGCGAAAUGUGAAAGAUAGAAUGCAUUAGUUAUUUCAGGUUGCAAUUAUACAUUUAAAAGCUGUACUAUGAGGAAUUUGUAGAGAACUAAUUUGGCUAGUUUUCCGAAAAUUACGAAGAUAAACUGUUAUGGUAAAAAUAAUGAAUACUAAGAAUAAAGACUAAGAACAUGUUACAUAUGUGAUGUGAAAUAUCUCAACACUCUUAAUAUUGUUUUGCUGUAUAAACAGCUCGUAAAAAUAGAGGUCUAUAACUAUAUUGUUAGAAUGUUUUGAGUUAUUAUUUAGAGUUUGCAUGAAUGCAUUUAAAAAUACACAACAGAUAUUAGGUUUAGGGUGUUUUCGGUCGGAUAGAGAUGAUAAAUUAUGCAGAUUAUUAUUUCUUAACCUUUUACCCAAUGUUGUUUUUAGGGCAUAACACUGACUACACGGUUCUCAUUGAGGAACUCAGCAAGUUCUAUUUAUAUUUUGAUUUUAUUGCUUUUCAAAACCAAACCUAUUGUAUAAAUGUCCCUUCACUUCAUCUUCAAAUGUAAAUGUAAAUGUAUCAAACUAAAAAUAAUUCUGAUCUAUUUUUGAUUAAAGUAAGUAAGGAAUUGUGGUCUUUUCAAAGGCAAAGGCAAAGCUAUUCUUACUCUGUCAAACCUGAUCAAAGUACAAUGGACACAAGUGAAGACUUCAAAGCUUGAUGCUUAUAGUAGUAGCCAACCCUUUCUUUAGGUUUGCAUUUAUUAAAUAGCUUUACAAAUGCAGCUUAACCAGGCUUUACACAGCUGGUAGUACAAUAAACAGGUUAAACUUGGUAUUAUACGAAGGGUGACUAAAGAUCCACCAUUACUUGACUAUUUGGAGAAUAAAGAGUUUAUAUUACGUAUAUUACUACGUAUUAUUGUUUCCAUACAAGACUUUUUUUCGUCUUGACCAAAUCAUUAAAGCUUAAAAAAGUGAAAUCGAUUAAAGCCCUUAAGUAAAAUAGAGGAGAACAAUUAAUUUAUGAGGUACUGGAAAUUAUGGAUAUUGUGUUCAAUACGUAUAGAUACGUAUAUAAAGUUUAAUCGACAAAUAAAAGGAAUGUUUUGCGGCGCUACAGGGAAUAAAUAUGAGGCGAUAAACUGCUCAAAUAAAGGGCGGCCCCAUGGUAACGCUCAUGGUGGCCCCUGGGGGGAGGUGGCGGCGGAUCACUUGCAGUCACAGAGCAGCGCGGUGCCGCGUAGCGUCCAGUGGUCCGGCUGCUGGCUGGAGCGCAGCGCCAGCUCGAAGAUGUAGGUGAGGUCGGUGCGCCGGGGCUUCUUGUACACGGGACACGAGUACAGGUUCACGGAGGACGGCGCCGCCGGCCGCUUGCUGUCGGCCGUGCUCACCGCGUACACGUGCACCACGGGCAGCGGCGUGAAGAGGACCUGGAAUGAGGUCAGAGGUCAGGGGGUGAGGGGUCCAUCGAAGCGUGUUGCAGGUGAAUGAUGGGGUGUGUAUGUACACUACUGUUUAAAAGGUUGGGGUCACUUAGAAAUGUCCUUAUUUUUUAAAGGAAAGGACAGUUUCCUUCAAUGAAGAUAACAUUUAAUUAAUUAGUGCGGACAUUGAUCAUCGGGUAAAUGAGUAUUCUAGCUGGAAAGAACAGAUUAUUUAUGGAAUAUCUACAUAGGUGUACAGAGGCCCAUUUCGAGCAACCAUGACUCCUGUAUUCAGAUGGUACAUUGUUUAGCUAAUCGUGCUAAAAGGCUACUUGAUGAUAAGGAAACCCUUUUGCAAUUAUGUUAGCCCUGCUGAAAACUGUUGAAUAAAGUGUUGGGUGAAGUGUUUUCACGGAAAA